UUUCCCCUUGUCGUUGGGUUGGGACUGUUUUCUAGUUUCAAAAAACAAAAGCAAAAUGUUGCCUAUUCAAACUACGUUGCUUCCAAAAUCAUUUUCACCUCUCUUCCAUUCGAAAUUGGUGUUCUCAUCCACUCUUCACUCUCCAAAGCCACCUUCUCGUGUUGUCGUUUCAGCGAGAUCCGAUCCCAAACCUAACCCCAAACCUAGACCCGAGCCUGGCUCCAAACCCAAACGACGGACCAGCCCCCGAAACGACGGCGAUGAAGCAAAUCCUAACCGGACCUUCCCGGCCACAAUCCCGAGAAAGCCGCGGCGUGGCCGCCGGAGUGAGGCGGUCGCCGUGGAGGACUUCGUGCGCGACACUCUCGACCGGACGUUCGCGGCAAUCCGGGAACAGAACUCAGAGACUCCGGAGAUUAUGAAGAAAAGACUCGAUGAUGAUGAUGAUGAUGAUGAAGAUGAUGAGGAGGAUGAGGAUAAUGGUGGUGAUGAGGUGGUUGUGGAGGAGGAGAGUUCGAAUUGGCCGUUGGAUGCGGAGGUGGGGUGGGGGAUUAGGGCAUCGGAGUACUUCGAGCAGCAUCCGAUCAAGAAUGUGGUGGGCGAAGAUGGAGUAGAGAUUGAUUGGGAAGGCGAGCUCGAAACCGGGUGGGUAAAGGAGAUCAACUGUCUGGAGUGGGAGAGUUUCGCUUUCCAUCCAAGCCCUCUCAUUGUUCUCGUCUUCGAGAGAUACAACAGAGCGAGUGAUAACUGGAAGGUUUUGAAGGAGCUAGAGAAGGCAGCCAAGGUAUACUGGAGUGCCAAAGAUCGAUUGCCACCUCGGACUGUUAAGAUAGACAUCAACAUUGAGAGAGAUAUGGCAUAUGCUCUUCAAGCCAAAGAAUGUCCGCAGAUUUUAUUUUUACGAGGAAACAGGAUCUUAUACAGGGAGAAAGAUUUUCGAACAGCAGAUGAGUUGGUCCACAUGAUUGCGUAUUUUUACUAUAAUGCGAAGAAGCCCUCAUGUAUUAGUGAUUCAGCUUUGUUUUCACGUUAGCAGUUCAAUUCAGGUGACAGGCAUGGAGUGUGACUCAGAGAAAGUUGAACAAGCUGGUCUAUGUGGUUGACCUGGAGCACUAUACCAUUGUGCUUCCAAUCAGCUCCUGGUUCAAUUGAGUGGAAAAAAAUACCAAUGGAUCUGAAUGCUCCAGAAAGGUUCAACUGGAUUGAACUCUUGUGGAAGAACCCUGUACAUCCAAUUCUUCCAUUUGAUGAUAACAACAUGAAAGUCAAAGAAGGAAAUAUUAGGUAUCCAAUAGAAUCAACCCCUUGAAGGGAAGUCAAAAGUUAAAUGUUCUUUGCUUCUGUAAUUUACAUCUUGAACAACUCUACCUUUUUUUUUUUCUUUUUCUUUUUUAAUUUAAUGAUAUACUUUUGAGAUUUGGUUGGAUUAUAAUAAUGCAAAUGUUCCACAUGCAAAAGAUUCUGCUGAC